GUGAGGGCACAAUAAAUCUUCCACAACAUUCAUAUCCUUUUUUCGGAUGAGAAGAUGACGGCAAUGUAUUUUUUUACGAUCAAUAUAAUUUAUACAGCUGGAAACGCCAAAGGGAGAGAGAGGGGGUUUCUUCCAAAGUGUUAGUACUGUAAAACGAACAGAAAACCUUGAAACGCCAUUGCGAACGCGUUUAGUCAAGAGGCCAUUCUUGGAAGAUGUUGACUUUCGUUUUGUCGUUACCAGUAGCGGUUCAGAUUGGAUUACUAAUUCUAUCACUAGCUGGAGCUCUGAAAAUUUAUCUUGAGCUGACCAAAGGUGUUUGCAAAAGCAAUGUUCAACUGACAGGUAAAACGGUCAUUAUCACUGGAGCUAACACAGGUAUCGGCAAAGAAACGGCCAUCGAUUUGGCAAAGAGAGGAGCUCGAAUCAUCUUGGCUUGCCGAGACACUAAGAAAGGCGCCGCUGCUAAAGAUGAUAUUGUUAGACAUUCAGGCAACGAUAACGUGAUUGUACGUUACCUUGAUUUGGCAUCUCUUCCAUCUGUUCGUAACUUCGCUACCCUAAUUCUGAAGAGCGAAGAACGGCUCGAUAUCCUCAUCAAUAACGCAGGUUGUAUCAUCCUCGAAAAGAGAUUGACAGCAGAUGGAUUAGAAUCUCAAAUGCAGGCUAACCACUUUGGCCAUUUCUUGUUGACCAAUCUCUUGCUAGAACUCAUGAUAAAAUCAGCCCCCUCUCGUAUUAUCAACGUUUCUUCGAAUAUCUACAGAUGGGUGAAGACUUUAGAUUUGAAGAAUUUAAAUUCUGAAUUGUCUUACAAUAACAACAGUUUAUACCAUGGAGUGUACUACACUUCCAAGUUGUGUCAGAUUUUAUGCACCCGACACCUGGCGCCUCUUGUUUAUAGUACCGGCGUGACGGUGAACAGCGUUUGUCCAGGAGUUGUCCACACGGAAAUAUAUCGCACCACAUCUUCGUGGUUUCAAAUGUUAACGUCUUUUUUACUUCCUAUUUUCGUCAAGACGCCCAAGGAAGGAGCGCAGACUAGCAUUUACGUGGCUGUGGCUGACGAAGUCUCUGACGUCACUGGAGAAUUUUACCGCGAUUGCAAGAUUGCAAAACUCACCCGAUUGGCCAGCGAUGUUGGUCUGGCCAAAAAAGUCUGGGAAUUGAGUGAAACCUUCGUCAGUUUGAAACCAGAAGAACGACAUUACUAAAGGAGAGAUUUAAAGCGAUGAUUGAUAUGGAAAAUGAUUGUGAAUGUGUGGUUACAUACAAACAAGUGUAUUGCAAUGUUUUCCCAAA